CGUGAGUUGUUCUCUUGAACGGCUGGAUCAGUGUUCGACCAGCGGUGACCGUGGCGGGAGCGCAAGUGACGAACCGCAUAGGAUGCUCGCGAUUUCCGUGUUGCCGUCCGCUUCUCGCGACACAUGAGCACCAGGAUAAGAUGCCACCGUCGCCGACCGACGAAGAGUCCCACAGUGAUCGGUCCCUACAAUGUACCCGAGGGUAUUGUGCAGUGUUGUGCUAGUGCUGGCCUUCCUCACCGUCUACCUGUGUGGGACACCGUUAGAUCCUGUCCAGCAUAUGAAAGAUUUCAACCUGAAUUCGUGGAUCCGACACUACGAACCGGCCCGGUACGAUCCCGGCCUGCUGGCCCUCCAACACAGACGCGUCCGCAGGAGUCUGGUAGGCGAUCGGCAGCGCCCCCUGCGAUUGGACAUUAGGGCACACGACCGGUUGUUCAAACUGAGGCUCUACCCGGACAAGGAAGUGUUUGCCGACGAUAUUCGAUUCGAAUCGACAAGGGGCCUAAUCAGCUUCGAUCCGGGCAUCGCUUACGCCGGAACCCUCGAAGAUGACGACACAGCCUCGGUACACGGCGUCGUCACCUCCGACGGCUUGUUCGAAGGCACCGUCUCCACCCCUCUGGACGACUACCACGUGGAGCCCGUCAGCCGUUACUUGAGCCCUCUGGAAAUGAAAGACCCACCCACCUUCCACUCGAUCGUCUACAAGGCCUCGGACGUCCAGGAUCCACGGAAAGGUUUACCAUGUGCCUCCCAUCGCCUACACCUCAAGAACUCCAUAGAUAGCGCGGAAAAGCCACUGUCGUCGUGGUCGUCGCCUCACGACCGCAUCAAACGGUGGCUCCUCCAAGCCGAAGCCAAGUUGCCUUACGACGAACCCCCCAACUUCGUGUUCCCCAACAGGACGAGGUCCUUCACGCCGAUCUUCGACCUGGGCCAGCCCAUCGACGAGGAGGUCGACUAUAUCGUCUCCAACAAGACGAACGUCGAUAUUUCCGGGCUGAUAUUCCGCAACGUGAAUAAAAGGGCGACGGUGGACCCCAAGAAGACCACCUGUAUGCUCUACCUGCAGGCCGACCAUCAGUUCUUCUCGAAAUACGGCACGGAGGAGGCCUGCAUCGAGGUUAUGACGAGGCACGUGCAGAGGGUCAACGCCAUCUACAAGAAUACCGAUUUUAACCAGGACGGUAAGAACGACAACAUCACCUUCAUGGUGAAGAGGAUAAAGGUGCACACGAUGGACGCCUUGAAAGAUCCCCUGUACAGGUUCCCCAACAAUUACGGCGUGGAAAAGUUCCUAGAGCUCUUUUCAGAGGAAGAUUAUGAUGCUUUUUGCCUUGCGUACAUGUUCACCUACCGGGAUUUCGAGAUGGGAACUCUGGGUCUGGCUUGGACGGGUGAUCUGAAGAAUGCCGGUGGGGUGUGUGAGAAGAAUGGGCACUACAGGGGUAGCAUGAAGUCCCUGAAUACGGGCAUAGUGACGUUGCUGAACUACGGCAAGCACGUCCCCCCCGCCGUGUCCCACGUGACCUUGGCUCACGAGAUCGGCCACAAUUUCGGAUCCCCGCACGACCCGGAGCAGUGCAGUCCGGGGGGCGAGGACGGCAACUUCAUCAUGUUCGCUCGCGCCACCUCCGGGGACAAGAGGAACAACAACCGCUUCUCGCCCUGCAGCCUGAGGAGCAUCAACCCCGUGCUCAACUUCAAGGCGCGCUCCCCCAAGGGGUGCUUUACAGAACCGAAAACGGCCAUAUGCGGCAAUGGGGUUGUGGAAGAGGGCGAGGAAUGCGACUGCGGGUGGGAAGAGGACUGCAGGGAUCAGUGCUGCUUCCCCAUGAGGAGAUACGCCCCAAUAGACGAACCUCCUUGUCACUUGACCCCCAGAAGCAUCUGCAGUCCUUCACAAGGGCCGUGUUGCACGGCAGAUUGUCAAGUGAAGUUCGGAGACAAAUGUAGGGACGACAACGGGUGUAGGGACGAGAGCUUCUGUAACGGAAGGGACCCGCACUGUCCACCUUCGAUCAAUAAGCCCAACAAGACGAUCUGCAACAAGGAGUUCGUCUGCUUCAUGGGGGAAUGCACCGGUUCGAUAUGCCUAGCGUACGGACUGGAAUCAUGCCAGUGCAUACCCGCGGACAGCGACCCCAAGACCAAGGCGUGCGAGCUGUGCUGCAAGCUGCCGGGCGACAACCAGCCCUGCGUCUCCUCCUUCGAGUGGAACGAGAAGCCCUACGACAUCCCCGACAUGUUCGCCAAGCCCGGCACCCCGUGCAACAACUACAUCGGCUACUGCGACGUGUUCCAGGUGUGCCGGGAGGUGGACCCCUCCGGACCCCUGGCCACCCUGAGGAAGCUGUUGCUCUCCGACGAGAGCAUAGCCAGUUUCAAGAGGUGGAUCAUCGAUUACUGGUACGCGGUGGCCGCCAUAGUCGUGAUGAUCAUCGCGUUGCUGGCGCUCAGCAUAAAGUACCUCGGCAAGCGCCAUAGCAACAAGCUCAAGACCAUCACGAUAAUGCACAAGCCCUCCAAGGAGGCAAUACGGGUGCCGGCCGACGGCGAGGGCGUCACCGUCCAUCCGGGCGUCCGAUCCAAGGUUCCCUUGAAACGCAAGGUCCGCGACGGCAAGAUCAAGAGGAAGCGGAAGGGCAAGGUCGAGUCCAUCAACAACAACCUCAACAGCCCCAGCAAGACCAAGACGUCACCGAAGAAAAAGAAAAGGGUGUCGGCGGCCGUGGGCGCCGAGGAAACCAAGAAGAAACCCGUAGAGGCGACAGCAACGGACGUCCCGAAAGUGAAGAAGCCCUCGCCGGCAAAGAAGAAGAAGAAGAAAAAGGAGAUCAUCGACUACAGCAGCGUCCAGGCGGACAUGGACGGCAAGAAGGGCGUGGGAGCGGCGGACGUCGUACACAACCCGUCGACGCCCGAUACGGAUCCCGUGGGCAAGGUGCAGAACUGGCUGAUGAAGUCGCAGUACGCCCUGCCAAAGUCGAAGUCGACGCCCGUCGGCCUGACGGACAAGACGCGCAGGAGCCCCCACAAACGUCCCACGAUCCGGCCGCGGACGGACAAGAGCAAGUCGCACAGCGUCGGGAACAUCCCCGGCGAGAAGGACAGGGUGCGCCUGCAGGUGGUGUACAAGCCGCCGUUCAAGUUUAGUGUUAAGUUGCGUAAGCCCGAGAAGACUACGGCGGUGGUGGAACGUGCUCCGCAGAGGAAGCCGCCCAGGACAGGUGUGUUAGUGUGUACCGUGAAGGAUGCAAAAGACGUGAAAGUGCAGCGGCCCGGCGGAGAGAAGGCGGCCGCGGAGGUUCCCAAGCCGCCGACGGAGCUCACCCUCGAUAUCGACUCCAACAUCCAUACCGUCCAGUCCGAUUUGGAGGUGCUCCUGUCCGAGAACGAGUUUUUGUGCUCGGACAACUGACACGCUCCCUCGAUACGUUUAAGGCUGUGGAGAAGACAUUCCGCGCUCUUUGAGAUGCUUUACCAAUUUUUUCUGUCGUCGUGUCACGUCACUGCCAAAACUUUGUCAGUAAUUCUAUGCAUUGGGUUAAUUUUCUGGAAUUUAAUGCUCAAAUUCAUUGUUAAUUUUUCAUUCGGGCGUUCUGGAAAUGAUGUUUUGCUUUUCAACAACCAAAAUCGUUUAAAAAUUCUAAAAGUGACUUUUUAUUGUCCAGGGUUGUACCACAUCCAUGCCAAAAUCUGUUGUAUAAAUAUUGAAAUUACUGGAUUUUUUUUUUAGUACAGUCGUAGACAAAAAAAAGGUUUCUUAACUAGGGAAAGUUUAAAAAAGUCCAAAAUACCAAAACGAAAACAAUUUUGGAUGGAACAUAGCGCAGCUGUGAACAAAAAAAAAGGUUUCUGAUUUAAAAUGAUAAAGAAUCCAAAAGUACCAUAAUGAGAAAACGGCAAAAAAAAUUAUAAAAGUAAUUAAAUAACAAAUGUUUUGGGUAGGAAACUUUUUAUUGUCCAUAUCUGUACCGUGUCUCUGCCAAAAUCCAUUUUACCGACUGUUAUUGUUGAAAAAAACAAAAUUUUAAAUCAAACACCAUAAAACUGCCACCAUUUCAAUUCCUCCGGUCAUUUCAGAAACGGCCCGUACGAACACUUGAUUUCAUCCCCGUAGACGUACUUAAACGUGUUGCUGGCAAAGUUUUGUCAGACUCGACGAGUAUCGCUGAAAUCAAACGCUGACUUUGUUCUCAAAUUUCCCUCGUCGGCGUUUGAUUUUAGUGACCACGUAUUAACCGCAGGUGAUUUUUAAUCUUAAUUAUCGUAACGUUAAAAUAACACCGGAACCACAAAAACCGAUGUCGUUCCCGCAGGAAUAACCAAACAUAUCAGGAAUUACAGUAUUUUUACAGGACCACUAGCCGUACAGACGCGGACAACAAAAAGUUUCCACUUUGUUAAAGACUUGUUUGUUUCGUUACUUAAACCCUUUCGAUUGUUUAAGUUGGGAACUUUUUUUGUCCGCAACUGUACGAAAAGGGACAAUUUUGUCACACUUGAAAGUGUCUCGUUCCCCGAGCGAUAGACAAAGGGUCGUUCAAAUGUCUUGAGCUCGAAAGAUCGAACAACGAAAGCAGCAACUCGGGAUCUUGAUUUCGUUCGGACAUACUGGGCGUUUUUCGUUUCUGUUCGUUUCAGCUUAUUUUUAAUUUCUUGGUUUAGACAAAAAUUUUGACGCCAUUUUAAAAAUGAAGCCCUAACAUUCAGCUAGAGCAAAGUAGCAAAUUUUUUCAAAUUUUUACUUGUAAAAAUCUAAUAAGCGUGCCAUGGAAGUAGGAUAUCAGUGAAAAAAAUGCAUGGCACACUAAAUUGUACCAAGAAACAAUUGAAUUAUAUGUGUUUAAGGCUUAUUGAACUAGAAUCGGAUGUUGUACAAAAAUAUCUCGCUAGACAGAAAAAAAUUUCAUAAAUUUUAACAAAAAUAAGUGAAAAUAAUUGUACAGCGUCAUGGAAAACCGAUCAAAACAGAAAAUCACCUUAAAGACGUCAAGAAAAGCAAAAGUGACAAAAAUCAAUCCCGGUACGUUUGAACUACUUUUCGUCUAUCUCCUCGGUAAACGCAAGGAACUUCACGGAAGUGUCGAAAUGGCCCCCCAAGCGCGUUUACGGUGUUGUUCUAACGUUACCCCGCAGUCCCGUUUGUAUAAAAUAAAUUAUUAUAUAUUUACAUACACUUCAUUAUUGUACAUAAAGUGCCGCUUGUAUGGUAUUUUUACAGUGCCGUUUUUGUACUGUGAGUCCGUACGUCGGACCGAAAAGGGUAAGAUGAACCUUUUAACUUAUAAGUAGCAUAUUGAUAGCUCUCGUCUCAUUCUUUUCGUCCUCGGGAUACUAUUGUGUCAAGUCGAAGGAGAU